AAUUAUCGAUGCAUGUAGUUCUUCAGAUAAUUUCGGGAGAGUGCCAGGAACUAUGACGAUAUUUUCUAGUACCACUCUCAAGUUGAGUAGAAAAAGGAAAAAUUUGUUUCAGUAUUUAGCUGCUAUAACAGCUAAUCUCGGAAUAAUAUGCAGCGAAAUGCACUACGGUUGGACCUCUCCAUCGCUCCCAAUUCUCCUGAGCGGCAAUUACACCUUCACCAUAUCCAGCGAAGAAGGCUCUUGGCUCGUGGUAGCACCUUUACUAGGUGCCAUUUUAGGUGCCUUCAUUACCGGAAUGAUCGUUGAUAUUUUCGGCCGGAAAAAACUAGUAAUUCUCUCCUCAGUGCCAUUUUUGUUUUCAUGGUUGUUCAUUGCCUGGGCUAAAUCCAGCGUUUUGAUGUUUGUUGGACGAUUCAUGGCUGGAAUGACUGAUGGUUUAUCAUUCACAGCUGUACCUAUGUAUUUAGGAGAAAUAGCUGAACCUAAAAUUAGAGGCCUAAUAGCAUCAGUUUGCCCAGUAUGUAUAAUUUUAGGAAUAUUACUGAUAAAUAUUUUUGGUUCCUUUUUGUCUAUAACAACAACUGCCUAUGUUGGAACCAUAGCACCAAUCCUAUUGCUAGUGACUUUUAUAUGGAUGCCAGAAAGCCCGUAUUUUUAUUUGAUGAGAGGCAAAGUUGAAGAUGCAAGAAGAAGCUUGCAAGUGUUUAGAGGCACUGAAGAUGUGCAAGUUGAACUAGAAAGAAUUUCCGAAGCAGUUAGAAAGCAAAAUGAUAAUAGAGGCAAAUGCAUGGAUUUGCUAACUGUGAAAAGCAACAGGCAAGCUAUUAUUAUUGCAUUUGGCCUGAGGGGGGUGCAGCAAUUGAGUGGUACUACCGCUAUAAUUUUUUAUUGCAAGAAAAUCUUUGAGGAAUCAAGUGACUUUAUAUCACCAAGCUUAGCUACAAUAAUUUAUUUUUUAGUGCAACUAAUUUUGUCUGCCUUAGCUUCAAUUAUAGUAGACUUUUCUGGUCGAAGGCCUCUAUUAAUAAUAUCGAUAACAGGUACUGCUAUGGCACUGUUUCUUAAUGGCGCAUAUUUAUAUGUUAAAGACUGUACUGAUAUCGAUACGACAAGUUUAAACUUUUUACCAUUAAUAGCACUAUUAAGUUUUGUUGUAGUCUUUAGUGUCGGCUUACAAACUAUACCAUUACUUAUAAUGGGUGAAGUAUUUCCUACAAACGUCAAAGCAUUCGCCCUAUGCUCGGCCGAUAUUUAUUAUAGCGUAAUCGUAACGAUAAUAUCGAAAUUGUUUCACUGGUCAAACGAUCAGUUUGGAAUGUACGUGCCAUUUUUCGCUUUUGGUAUUUGUUGCGUGUUGGGUUUGGUUUUUAUUUUGUUGUUUGUUCCUGAAACUAAAGGGAAGACUUUGGAGGAUAUUCAAAGGGAAUUGAAGGGGGAAAAACGACAGUAUUUGUUUUGAGAUGUUUUUGUUUAAGGAAUUAUUUGUAAUUGAUUAUGUGAAGAAUUUUAUACUAUUAAUAAAUACAAAUAAUAAUUAUUG